AUUAUAAUUACGAUUUUUUUUUAUGUAAAACCUACUUUAAAUGAUAUCCAAAACAGUUCGGCUUCUAUUUGAUAUAAAAAAAAGUAAAAAUGAAAAAAGAAAUUUUGACAGUUUCAAAUAUUUUGUAUGGUUAUUUCGAGAAUUUUUAGCCGUUUAUCUUGUUUAGAUUUUAUUUUAUAAAGCUAUGACGAUGCUCAAAAUCGGUGGCGGAGCCGCGCUGUUGGCGGCGAUCGUCGCCGUGUUCGUGGUGGCCACCCAAGGUCGGGAUCCCGAUCUGGAGGCGCUGGAGCACGAGGGCCGGGAGUACAUCAUGCAGCUGGACGUCGCGACGGGAAUGAGGAAACACCUCGCCAUCCUGGCUGAGUGGGAGUACACCGCGAAUAUCACCAAGGAGAAUGAGGAUAAAUGGAUUCAAGUCCGAGUAGACCUGUCACAGCAAGAGAAGCGCGCAUGGGAGGAGACCAAGAUGUAUCGGUGGCAGGACUUCCAAGACUUCACGCUACGCAGAAUGUUCAAGAAGUACACCCAACUCGGGGUUUCUGCAUUACCUGAUGACAAGUACAAGAUGCUGAUGAGGUCUGUUUCAGGAAUGGAGGCUAACUACGCAACCGCGAAGAUCUGCUCGUAUAAAAAUGCUAGUAAAUGUGACCUCGCUCUGGAGCCUGAUAUAACCGAGAUAUUCGCCACGUCCCAGGACCCUGAGGAGUUGAAGGACACGUGGGUACAGUGGCACAAGGCGGCCGGCGCGAGGGCCAGGGCAAACUUCACCGAAUACGUCAAUUUAUACAACGAAGCUGCCCAUCUUAAUAAUUUUAAAGACGUGGCGGAGUGGUGGCAGUCUGAAUACGAGGUACCAGAUUUUGAAGAGCAACUGGCAAAGCUCUGGUCUGACGUGAAGCCACUGUAUGAACAGCUACAUGCCUACGUCAGGAAACGGUUGAGAGACAAAUAUGGAGACCAGAUUGUCUCUGCCAGAGGACCUAUUCCAGCUCAUCUGUUGGGUAAUAUGUGGGCGCAAACAUGGAACAACAUCGAAUCAUUCACCCGUCCUUACCCGGACAAAAAGGAGGUCGACAUCACCCAAUCAAUGAAGGAACAGAACUACACAGCGUUGAAAAUGUUCCAAAUGUCGGACGAGUUCUUCAGGUCGUUGAACUUGACUGCGAUGCCCGAAAAGUUCUGGAACAAUUCCAUUAUAGAGAAGCCUAAUGAUAGAGAGAUAGUUUGUCACGCGUCGGCUUGGGACUUCUUUGAUGGCGAGGACUUUAGGAUAAAACAGUGCACAACAGUAGAUUACGAAUACUUUCAAACGACGCACCACGAGAUGGGUCACAUCCAGUACUUCCUCCAGUACAGACACCAACCGUACAUAUUCCGGGACGGAGCGAACCCAGGUUUCCACGAAGCUGUCGGUGACACGAUAGCAUUAUCUGUUUCAUCACCCAAGCAUCUUCGACGUGUCGGGCUUACACAAGGAGAAGCUGAAGAUGAGCAGACGGAAAUCAAUCAGCUUUACAAAAUGGGCAUAGAUAAGAUAGUAUUCCUACCGUUUGCGUACACUCUGGAUUUGUUCCGUUAUGGUGUGUUCAGAGGGAAGACUGCCCCGGAGGAUUACAACUGUCAUUAUUGGAAGUUAAGAGAGGAGCUUCAAGGAGUGGAGCCUCCUGUGAACAGAACCGAAGAGGACUUUGACGCUGCGGCCAAGUACCACGUGUCUGCUAAUGUUGAAUAUGCUAGGUAUUACGUAUCGUUCCUCAUACAGUUCCAGUUCCAUCGGGCGCUAUGUCAGCUCGCCGGCGAGUACGUGCCCGAAGACUUCACCAAGAAGCUCGUCGAUUGUGAUAUAUUCGAGAGCGUUGCUGCUGGCAACGCGUUGGGUAACAUGCUAAAAAUGGGUUCCUCGAAGCCCUGGCCGGACGCGAUGGAGGUGCUGACCGGCCAAAGAGCGAUGAAGGCUGAUGGUCUGCUGGAGUACUUCCGGCCGCUGCACGAUUGGCUCAAGGCGGAGAACCAGCGGACGGGAGAGUUCAUCGGAUGGGAGUCUAGUAAAACACAGUACUGCACAGCGGAACAAAUAGCGGCGCUGCAAGCGAAGGCCCAGGCGGAGUCACACGAGGCGGCGGAGUCGUGACGCGCUGUUGUACUUACUUAGGAUAAUUAUCAGUAGACAAGCGACACAGUAUUCUUAAUAAAAUGUUUUUAGGA